GCUGGUGUGCAAUAUGAGUAGCAAUAGCUUCGGGAAACAGACAGACAGAGUGGCAAUUGUUCAAUCGAAGACAAGAUGGUCAAGCAAGCAGAACCUCAAAGUAACCCCAUGCCUAGCAUGCCCACAGGUGCCUCCAGCCAAAUCUUAAAAUCGACCGGCUUUCGAAAAUUUUCUGCUGUGGCCAUGAUUAUUCUUCUUUACACCACUGCAACUCCGUUCAGCCCAAUAGCAUGGCUCACCUCCUCGAUCGAAGGCUCGUUGUUCCUCGAUCGACUUCUCGCCGGCGCACUCCUCUUCGCAGCCAUGUAUUUUCAAUGGCAAGUUGCGGUACAGACUUAUCCCGUUGCCAUAGUUCUCCCCACUGGGAAUCGCACAAUGAUCUCAAACGGAAAGAUCGUACAAUCAACUGGAGAUGUGAUCUGGAUAUACGAGCCUUCGAAAUAUUGGCAAUAUGUGUUAAUGGAAGGGUUGGGAUUGAUAGCGGUCGAAAGGGCAGGAGUAGAGCUUAUCAGGAGGGGUGUGGUCAGUGUGGUCAUCGCGGCAUUGUGGAUAGUCGGUUGGAGUGUUACGCCAGAGCGAACAAAGAGACAAGGGUGGGAAUACUUGAAGAAAUUUUGGUUCUGGAUUGCGCUGGAUGAGAUGAUGAGGGUAGGACGGGGUGGUAGCGGUAUGAGGAGAAGGAGGUGGUGAAUGGUGGAUGGUGGAUGACAUGUCAUGUCAUGGUAUUUGUUGAUCGAGAAUGUUGUGGAUUAUGAGUAGAAGCUGUAGGCGGAACAAAAACAACUGAAGGAGUUCAAUGAGGAAUGUUCGGAUUUGGAUCAGCGAUGGUUCGCAUAGGAAGAAAUCAAGGAACGCAAUGAGCGUCAAAUGUAGAAUACCUUUCUAGUUCAAUAUAUAUAUAUAUAUAAUUUCUACCAACAGUUUUGUAUUCCGUA